AUGCAGGCACUUAAAGAACGUAUAUCGUCAAAAUUAAGUGAAAAAUCCAAGUCAAAAGAUAAAGACGGAUCUUCAUCGCUCAAAAAUAGUAGUUCCAUCGAUGGUAAACAUUCAACAACACAUGAUUCACAUCAUCAUCAUCAAACAACUUCAUCUACAUCAUCAACACUAGCAGCAAAUAUAGCUGCAACCAAUGCUCAAUCAGCUGAAAAAGUGAAAGCAUUUUUGGCUAAAGCCAAGGAUGAAUUCCAAGCCAAGUAUGACAAACCAAGUCAGAACACUGCAAAACCUGAAGAUUUCGAUCGUAUUCGAACUCUAGGAACAGGUUCAUUUGGACGUGUUAUGCUUGUUAAAUAUCAAACAACUGGUAAUUUCUAUGCAAUGAAAAUACUUGACAAACAAAAAGUUGUUAAAUUAAAACAAAUUGAACAUACACUUAAUGAAAAACGUAUUCUUCAAUCUAUUUCAUUUCCUUUUCUUGUCAAUUUAGAAUAUCAUUUUAGAGACAAUUCUUAUUUAUAUAUGGUUUUAGAAUUUGUACCCGGUGGUGAAAUGUUUAGUCAUUUACGUAAAGUUGGUCGAUUUAGUGAACAACAUGCUCGAUUUUAUGCGGCUCAAAUUGUAUUAACAUUUGAAUAUCUUCAUUAUUUAGAUAUUCUUUAUCGUGAUCUUAAACCUGAAAAUUUAUUAAUUGAUGCUGAAGGUUAUUUAAAAGUAACGGAUUUUGGUUUUGCAAAAAAGAUCAAGGGUCGAACGUGGACACUUUGUGGUACACCAGAAUAUUUGGCACCAGAAAUUAUCUUAUCUAAAGGUUAUAAUAAAGCUGUUGACUGGUGGGCAUUAGGUGUAUUAGCAUAUGAAAUGUCGGCCGGUUAUCCACCAUUUUUUGCUGAUCAGCCAAUUCAAAUCUACGAAAAAAUUGUUUCUGGCAAAGUUCGUUUUCCAUCACAUUUUAGUAGUGAUUUAAAAGAUAUUCUACGUAAUCUUCUACAAGUUGAUUUAACAAAACGUUAUGGAAAUUUAAAAAAUGGUGUAGACGAUAUUAAAACUCAUAAAUGGUUUUCAUCUACAGAUUGGAUUGCUAUAUAUCAACGAAAAGUUGAACCACCAUUUAUACCUAAGUCAAAAGGACCCGGUGAUGCAAGUAAUUUUGAUGAUUAUGAAGAAGAACCUCUUCGUAUUGCAACAACAGAAAAAUUUGGAAAAGAAUUCGAAGAAUUUUAA